GAUUCACAAUCUUUGGUCACCACCACCCUGCCUGGAAAUUGUAAUACCUUUCCUAAAUUAAUACCAUCCAUAUUUGCUUGUGUGAAUUGGCAAAUGAAUGAAAUCUCGCUGCAACUCUUUGAGGUGUUUGAAAAUGAGAAGAAUCCGAUCAAAGGAUCCAAUUGUGAUUGUUGCUGUUUUCGUUUCGGUUUCUUGCUUUUUGGUUUUGAUCCUUUCGGUUUUUCGGCUUCCAGAUGUAUCUUUUAGUAGUAAUGGUUCGAUGACUUCAAUCAAGGUCAAAAAAGUUAACAAAUUUCCAGAUAAGAGUGGCAUUAUAGGAAAGUUCGGUAGCAUGAUGAUCGAAAUGCUUCCCGUAGAUCUUUCGUUUACAGUAUUCGUUCCAUCAGAAAUGGCAUUUGAACGCGAUUUAAGAUUAAGGGUAAACGAUAGUUUAGUGGGUGAGAAAGCAAAUGAUACAUAUGCAAUACUUACGCGUGUGUUGAGCUUCAGUGUUGUCCCGUGGAAAAUCCUUUCAGAAUCUGUACCAUAUAAUGAAGAGACAACGUGUGAUUCUUUAUCCGGAUUUAAACUUUAUGUAUCAAAAGAUGUAGACGGAAUGCUUGUAGUUAAUAGGGUUCGAUCACAACGGGUAGAUAUAAGAAAGGGGGAAAUGGUUAUCUAUGUUAUGGAUGGGGUGAUUAUGGAGGCUGAGUUUGAGCAAUCUGUUCGACCUAAUGACGAUGAAGACGAAGAUUGAUAGAUAAAAUUCUGAUUUGCAAAUACUCUUUGAUACUUGAUUUGGGAUUUCUUUGUUUAGUUUACUGGUAAGAUUAUUGAUGUAUAUCAGAUAGGUUGUUGUUUACAAUAAUUUAGAUAGAUGACUAUUUGUACAAUGUUGCAUAAACUGGUUAGUGUUGGACAUAAUGUUUACAUCUACUGCUAUUUCAACACCCAAUUUUGGACAUUUUGAAUACAUUUAAAUGUUUAUUGA